CAAGCAGAGACACGGAGAACCUCGAUGUACACAGCAAAAAAAAAAAAAAGGCCGCAUUGCCAGCGUGAGUUUUUUUGUUGUGCAAUCACAGUGCAAUCAUGUGCAACAGACAGCGGCGACGGCGGUGCGCAUGUGUUCCUGCAGAUUAGCGCCAACGUUUUCCUCACCGGGGAAGGACUCUUGUUUACGCAGCGACCCCCUUUUGACUUUGUAGCAGGAAAGAGGAAGAAAAAAAGUAGCAGCGAGCGAGCGAACGAGAGAGCGAGUGAGUGAGGUCAGCAGCGUAGCAUGAGUCAACGUUGGGGAUGUAUGCAGUCAUCAUCAUCACCAUCGCGGGGCUGUGUUGUGCGGGGCCCUGCUGGCCGCACAGAGCCGACAGUGUUGCCAUCCUGCGGGGCUUAGUAGCAGCUUUCAUGACGAGCACAGGUGUUGCCACUAAAUGAGAAAAACACGAAGACUUCUUCAGAUCUGUUUACCCCCCGGCCGGCGACCUGAGUGGAUCACGAAGAACAUCGGAGAGGAUAGAGGAUUAUCUUGCUUGACCUGUCUCCUGCUCACACUGAUGUCAGCCUAGUGUUGCAGCUCUAUUUCACUGUGCAUACUCCAUAGAAGGGUAUACAGGAGCAUAUUUAUUGCUUUAAUUGUUGGAUAGAUUGAAUUAAGUGGCAUCUAGUGCAGUAUUAAUACUUUGUCCGACUGAAAACUGUUCUCUGUCUCGGCUUAUUCAUGCCCGUCAUGAGUGUACCAGCCCAGCAGAAACCCAGCAACAAAAGAACAGGCAAACGCAUCACGUUUUUCAGCGAUCAAAGUGUAGCAAUGAAGGAGACUUCUCAGCACCAAGAAGGAUCCUACUACGUCCCGAGUGGUACUGCGUCAGACCCCAGACAGAGCGAGGCUGCAAGUACGGUGACGUCCAACCCAGAAAGUCCUCACAUGUACCUGAACUCGGUCAUCUUCAGCCCAGAUAAGGGCGACCAGAGCAGAGGUCAUUAUCAGCAGACGGUACCCAUGAAGUGGGCUCACCAGGAGCCCAGUCAGCAGCAGCCAUCAGUGUCCCAGCAGCAGAGAGCUGCCACGUGGGCCACCAUGUCGAACUGGGGGCAAAACUUUGCAAAUUAUAUUGGAGGAGUUAACAUAACGGACUCAAGGAGCCACAAUGCAUUUGUGAAGUCAAUGCACGAGACUUCUGGUUUACAGCCACAUCAACAGCCUCCUAACAGAGGAGCAGAGAAACCUGCAGCAGAAGCAUACAGGGAUGCUGCAAAGUCUCGGGGCCUGGAGUGGGAGCAGCAGCAACAGCAGCAGCAACAGCAACAGUCCCAGUCCUUCCAGGAGACAUUGAAGCCAGGAGUGCUGAACACCCAGCAGCAGAGUACAUCCCACCCAGGAGGAAGCUCGGUCUUGCAGCCCUUUCAGUUGGCCUUCGGUCAGCCUAAGCAGCAUCUGCCAGCUUACUACCAGACCUUCCAAGGGAACAUGACAACGCUACCCAACCCACCAAACUACUCGGCACCAAACGCCAAACCCCCACAUCACUUACAGCAGAUGCAGAAGCAAGAACAAAUCCAACGCCAGCAACAACAUCAUAUAAUUCAGCAGCAAAUUCAGCAGCAGCACCAUCAACAAAUUCAGCAACAACAGAUCAUUCAGCAUCAACAGCAUGUGCAGCAACAGCUACAACAGCAGCAACAAAUACAGCAUGAGCAGCAGCAACAAAAGAUACAGCAACAGCAACAACAGCAGCAACAGCUCCAAAUUCAGCAGCAAAUGCAACAUCAGCAGUUGCAACAACAAAACCCCCAUGUGCUUGACUAUUACCCCGGUGCACAAAAUGCGCACCCACAUCCACAGCCUGUUGUUGUACACUCCCAGGAGUCCUCUGCUCCAGCUCCCCUGAAGAUCCAGGAACCAAUCAUCCAGGAUAUCACCCCAGAACCCCAGCAGUCGUUGGAUCCGCUGCAGCCCCCUCUGCAGUCUGAGCCCCUGUCCCAGUCGCAGCCUCAGACGCAACUCCAGUCUCAAACCCAGCUGCGGAGGUCUCGACGGCUCUCCAAGGAAGGCGGCGCGCCGUCCGACAACCCUUUUCUCUCCGUCACCUCGGAUGAGCCGGCGCCAGGGCCACAGGGAUCUCAAAACGGGGCCCGUGACAUCCAGGCAGCCCCGACAGGUGUCAUCCAAAGUACUCGCCGGAAACGCCGGGUUUCCCAGGAGGUCAACCUGGAGACGCUCGCUCACGAGGCCUCAUCCAGGGAGUUUCUACCAUCACACGUUAGCAAGGAGCCCCACCGACCGUGGAGUCCCACCGACCCGGAGGGCAUGAACGCUAAGCGGCCCCGAGACGACACUCUUCUUCCACUCGUCAUCCCCGUAUCUGUUCCAGUCCGGAGGCAGGAUCCCUCAUCUCCUGACAGAGAUGAAGCGGCUCUGGCAUCCAAUUGGCCCCACAGGCCUUCCAACCCCCAGGACCUCGGUCGUUCGGACCACAAACCCUCGGUCAUUGUCACUCGCAGACGUUCACUCAGGAACUCCUUGUCGGAGAGCUCGGAGCAGAAUGACGGCGCAGAGGGUGAAAAGGACGACGAUGGCAAGAAGUCCAAACGACGUCCCCGUCCCGAGCCUCUGUUCAUCCCACCGCCUAAACCCGGUUUAUUCAUUGCCCCGCCCGUCUACUCCAGCAUCACACCCUACCAAAGCCACCUCCGCUCGCCUGUACGGCUCGCCGACAACCCCAUCACCAUGCCUCCCUACACGCCACCGCCGAUCCUCAGCCCCGUUCGUGAAGGCUCAGGCCUCUACUUCUCCACUUUCCUGUCGUCUGCUGCAGCUGCUGCAGCCGGCUGUCCGGGCCUGCCGCCUCCAGCGACACCCAAGUCAGCCACCCGCAGCCUGUUGCGUUCCAACAGCUGCGACAUCACACCGCCGGUUUUGCCUCCCAUGACCGAUGCCACUCCAGUCAGCAUCGAGCCACGGAUAAAUAUUGGGUCACGGUACCAGGCGGAGGUGCCAGAGCUGAGGCAGCGGUCAGCUGUCGAGCUGGAUCAUCAUCGUGCGGAUCUGGUCUGGGCUCCGCUGAACGAAAUGGAGGAAAAACCUGAUUUCCAUGAGAAAGUGGAAGACCUCAUGCACCUGGCCUGCUCCAGUGUUUUGUGUGGAGGAGGCACCAACCAGGAGUUAGCCCACCAUUGUCUGUACGAGUGCAAAGGGGACAUAAUGGCUGCUCUGUCCAUGCUGAUGCUGAGGAAUCCAAUUUUCCCCAAGUCGCAUCAUCUGUCCUGCUACCACUACUCAGGAUCAGACAGCUGGACAGCAGCAGAGAGACGCCAGUUCAACAAAGGCAUCACCGCAUUCAAGAAAGACUUCUUUAUGGUGCAGAAACAGGUGACCACUAAGACAGUGGCGCAGUGUGUGGAGUUUUACUACACGUACAAGAAACAUGUGAAGAUGGGCCGAAACGGGACCCUAAUCUACGGCGAGGCGGAGCCUUUGGAGAGCAGGACCACUGAGGAUGAGAUGAACCACAAGCAGGGUGCUCACAGACUGGAGCCUCAGCGGGAGGAGGACAGCAGGAAGUGGGAAGGGUCAGCUGACAGGAAACAGGAUGUCUGCCCCACCAGGGUGACACACACGCUGCAGUCCACCGACAACCCGGGGACCGUCCUCAUCAUGAAGGGCCAGGAGGGGAGGGAGCUGCCGCUGUCCAGGGUCAUCCACCCUCCUCACCCACCUCCCCCCAGCUCCAAACCACGAGGCUACGAUGGCAACGCACGCAGGACGAGCCCCUCGACAGGCAACAAAGGCACGGCCGGGCAGGAGGGAGAGUUUCCCUGCAAGAAGUGUGGCAGGAUUUUCUACAAGGUGAAGAGCCGCAGCGCCCACAUGAAGAGCCACGCCGAGCAGGAGAAGAAGGCGGCGGCGCUGCGCCAGAAGGAGGCCGAGGAGCGAGCGGCGGCAAAGGCGGCAGCCGAGGCCGCCGCCAUCCUGGCGGCGCGCCAGCAGAACGGGACGCGACAGGUCGGCGGCGACAGCACCAACGACGACUCCUCGGACGGGGAGGACGACGACGACGACGACUGGCAGUGAGAGGAAGGCUGCGGACACACCGACUGCACCAGAAGAAGAAACCCUCCAGUUGAACUCUGUUGGAAGACUUCCGUUUUUAGCUCGGCACAUUCAGGGACAGAUCGACUCCCGCGUUUAACUGUGAAUGUGUGGACUGAGUGAGAUGCGCGUGCGUGUCCACAACGUGCUUUCCAGAACUCCCCUUUACUCUGCUUGAAAAGCUUUUUUUUCCAGAGUUACCUCUCUUGGUCACAGGGCUCGGUAAAACUAAAGCCAUGCCGCUCCUCUCCGGCGCUGUCCUGUUCUUCACUCCCAGCUGCGGCCUUCCUCCGCACUUUGUCGAGUCUCGUCCUGCUUCGUUUCGACAGGCGUGGAACUUUUUUUGGACCCUCUUUUUUUUCUUGUUUUUGUUUCCUCUGAGCCACAGCUUGCUAAACCCACGUCCCAGCCGUCCAGCAUCGGAUGGAGUUUUGAAAUCUCGACAGCUGGGGUCGAGCGCGGCGGAGGGUUUUUGGGCAAACGGAUCCGCAGACUUUCGCCUCCGUUUCGUCGCUCUUCUGCACUCGAAGCCGCCAAAAGCUUUUCCUCAGAUGCAUGAUGUGCACCAAAUGGGUUCUCUCUCUGUUCCUUUUUAGUUCUGUGAAUCCCCCUCGCCUCUAUCUCCAACCCUUUUAUAGCCCCCCCCCCCCGUUUGUUCCUCACUGUCGAUGCCUUGGAUGUUAUGCUUUUUACCUUGAAAAUGACAAUCAAUUUUACACUGCUGUUGUUUUUUUAUGAAUAUAUAUAUACAGAUAAAUGUUACUUUUUUCUGCCUGUGUAGCUAUAUAUGGUUAUUGUUGUUUUUGUGAAUAUUCCUGUUGAUGAUUAUUAUUAUUAUUAUUAUUAAUAUUAUUAUAUUCUGGUUUUGGCUGCAGUUUCAUUGAGCGCUUUUAUCUGUUUUUUUGUCUUUUUUUUAAUUUAAAGAAACAAAAAUAAUGCUAUUUGCUGCCUGUUUUUAACUGUGAGUUUUUUUUUUUUUUUUAUUGGAAGCCAGAAAUGAAGAAAAAGGCAGAAAUGUACGUGCAAUAGAACAAGUUGACCCCCUUUUUACCUGAGUGUUCAGGGCCCUCCUCCUCUAUCUGGAUGCCUCGCUGUCAAACCCUGUAACUGAUAGGAGCUACUGACUCAGACUGUUCAAACCGCGGAGCUCUAUAGAUGCACAGAACGAAGCGGGAAAAGACAAAAAACAUAGCCCUGCGCUGAAAUUCGAGCCACAGUUUACCUACCCCUUAUAGGGGAAAAUUCACAGAUUAAAAACUAGUGUUAAGGGCCGAUUUACACAUUUGCAGGCUGAGAUAAGAGACUCCACCCACAACAUGACCUCUGUCAGUAAAUUAUUUACUUUGUCAACAAACAGGCAUUAAAAGAAGCCAAAUUUGAUCCAGAUCUUUGCGGGUUUUAACAGAUUUCGAAUGAGAUUUUUCCAGAUGUCAGCUUCUAUCAUGACUUUCUACCUCAGCGUUUGAACCCUGGCACCUUCCACAGACUGUUGUUGAUUGGACACUUCAGUGCAAAACCAGACUCAAUUCAAGUUUUGAAGGCUUGUAAAGCGGAUUCUGAAUCCCUGUUUGUUUUCUUUUACACAGCAUUCUUUACUAAUGCAGAUUUAAGCAGUUUAUUUGAAUGCUGACAAGUGACUUACAUUUUCCUGCUUUCAAGUGCCGGAUAUGAAACUCUUGGAGGGUUUACAUUUUUCUGCUGAUGAGAGUAAAUAAUUUACUGGCAAAAGCAGGAAAUGGCAGAGGGAGAAGCGUUUUAUAUCUUAACUGCAAAACAUACUUUGCAGGGGUUUUGUAUUCCAGAAUGCUGAAAGGCUUUCUUUGCUCUUUCUUCGCGUCAAAAUUUACUUCUUACACUUCACGCAGUGACAAAAAUGCACAAACCGGCAGGAGCUCGGUGCCAUAUCAUAUUCUCACCCUUAAGUCCCUGUUUGCUGAUGUUUUGGUAGCUCUAAAUUGAAACCCGAUAUGUGAGAAGAAAUGGAAAAGAGUCUCAGCCUGCGUUUGGAUUGUUGUGGCACUAAAACGCUCCACUGAAACCUUGGCAGCGUGGCUCGACUGCUACUGAAGGACACAGGAUUAAUGGCAAAAAACGUGCAAAUAAAGUCAAAUUUAAGUGCAGGUUCGUCAGUCUGCAGAAUAGAAUGGUUACGAUGAAGCGGUUUAAGUUAUUUAUAUCGAUUUUCUCAUGAAAUGUGGCUGUUAAAGACCGAUAUCGACUCGAUAUUUUUCAUCUCUCCAGCCGUACGGUGUAUCUACGGCCACCUUUUAUCUGUUUACCUUGAUACGAGGAGCUGAAUCGGACCACGGAAAUGGCAUAUUUUGAUCCGUCUAUCGCCGCCUAUCUCUGUGUUGAGCCCUUCAGCCCCGGAGCCAGUUUCUGUUGCCGUAGCAACACGUGGGUUAAAGGGUUAUUUUUCCUUUAAAGGACAAACCACAGUGGGGAGCUGGGAGAGCUGGGAGGAACAGCUCCAGUUACCAGUUACUCCACCAGUUAAAACCUGGGUCUAUGCACAGACUGUUUGUGUGUGAAUGCGUGUGUGUUUAAAAAGUGUGUGUGUGUGAGUGCUUUGAGGUCAAACGUUUAACUGUACGCCAGUCAAAAAAAAAAAAAAAGUUUUGCAGACUGUUCACAUGUUUGUUAAUUUAUAUUUCCUUUUUUGUUUUCUCGUCUUGAGGUUCUCGUCGGGGGCGAUGUCACUAAAAAGAAAAGAAAAAAAGCAGAAUUACGGAUGAAAUCGAGGCCACAAACACACACAGCUUCUCCUCAUAUCCUCCAGUCGGUUAAGGGAAUUUUAAAGGGGACAAAAAAGGUUUAUUUAGCUAAAGAUUAGAAAUAUAUAUAUAUGAAUGGAAUUCUAUGUUUGCAUACUUUCUAUGCUAUUUUCAUAUGGGGUUCACACUAAUGAUGAAAAACGGAACAGAAUCUCAAGUGCUUUUUACUACAGUGUAACUUAUUUGUUUUGAUUUGAUUUUUACCACCUGUGUUUUUAGUAAUGAUUUAUGAAGCACUGUAUAUUAAAGUUUUAAAAUAUUC